UGAUCAUUGGUUCAUAAUAAUAAUAAAAACAAUAAAAAGUAUUUUUUUUUGUUCAUACUCUGUAAUACUUAUUAAAAAUUUCCCUGAAAAUAUUUAAUAAUAACAAAUGGAACUUUUCGCAUUCAUAAUUUUAAUCUGAUAUUACUAUAUAUUUACAUUAUAAACAUGCGGAAAACGCCUAUUUCAAAUUUAUGGAUGUAUUAGAUACUACUACUACUACUGAUAUUUGUAUGCGUUGAAAACAAUUUCGGGUAUUAUGAAUAAAAAAGCAGACAGUUCACUUGUUUUUGAAUAACCUGUGAAAUUGACAGGAAACUGUUAGCAAGUAUUUCAUUUGAUUGAUCUCAACUGCAGAUAAAUUUUCAAAAUAAACGCAAAAAUAAAACACCUCAGCCAUGUUGACAACAGCGUUAAAUUUUCUCUCAGACAAACGGAAACGCUUUCAUCGUUCGGAUACAAUGCCAAUAUUUACCAAUGAUACCAGUUCAUUUAAAUUAAAUUCAGAUAAUCAGCUGGUGGUUGACAAUGAUAAACUCUCAGUUAAAGAUACUGACUGUAAUGACGAAGAGCAACAAGAAGUGGGUAUAGUUUCUGCCAGAGGUGGUUAUAAGAAAAGUAACGCUCAUCAUCAAAAUCAAGUUACACUAGGCAAAAGUGUUUGCUAUCAAGGAGGAUUAUCACUGUCGACAAAAAGUUGUACACCAAGGCGACAGUCAAGAAACAAUGACAAUGAUGAUUGUGGUGACGAUGAGGAUGAUGUUGAUGAUGGUAACUAUGACAAUGAUGAGUAUAAUACUAAUUCAGCAAAACUUCCAACAUUUUCAUCCAAUGAGAAGUACAAUAUUGAACGAAUAAGAAUGUUGAGUAAGCAACAUAAUUCAGUGAAUAAUUUAGAUAAAUAUAAAUUCCUGGACCUUGAAACAAACUUACAGCGUCAUCAAAAAAAUCUGUCAAACAGUCCUCCCCAUGAAAACAUUCCAUAUGGUUGUCACUUAUCUCAUGGUUAUAGCCUCAGUAAUGUACAGGUAACUUUGGACCAAACUGGUUCAGAAACCAGUGUGUUUUCAUCAGCUAAUCUUUUGAAGAAAGGUUUUGGUGGUGAGCACUCCACCAUGAAAGAUGGUAAAAUAUGCCAUCCAGUCACAUGUAAGACACCACACAGUAUCAGAUUCAUCCGUCCUCCAGCUGAAUUAAAUGAAUCUGAACCGUUAAUUUCAGGUGAUCCCGAUAAUGAACAAAUGUUUAAUACCAGUUCAAAAACGAAUUUAUCAGGGAAGUCUAAGGUAGCGAAAAUGCGAGCAAGAGCAGCUGCAAGAGCAGCAAAAGGCAAACUUAAACGCUCUAAGAGCAGUGCUUACAUGUCAAGGCAAUUUCGAAACCCAACUUCAGAGGAUAGUAAUGUAAGGGGACGCUCUUCUAGUACCCAUCGUAAAUCUAAUAAUAAUAAUCUUCAGGAAAAUCAGUCACUACAAAAUUCCACUGAAAACAAAUCACGCUCUGGUUUAGUUAGAAGUUGGAUUGAUAAAAAUGCUUCCACGAAAUUGGAUUCAUCAUCUCAAAGUAACAUGCAAACUGGCAAUUUAAGUGAGAUAGUGGAUAUUAAUGAAGGCUUUGACCAACUUAUAAAUAAGGCGAAUACGUACAAAUUUCAAAUUAUUGAUGCACUGGAACAUUCCAAAUCACUUACAGAAUCACAAGAGAGUAGCAAUGAAAUCUGUACUGAUCAAAAAACAUCUUCUUUAACAGAUAAUCAGUAUACACCGAAAAUCUUGUCAAACCGACAUGUUAUUGCCUCAACAAACAAUACUGUUAAACCGAAUCGAUAUUCUGUUGUCAAAAAACUAAGAAGAAACAAUUCUAGCAUAACUUGUUCCAGUGAACAAAUAUCAACCUUACAUGAAGAUCAAUGUAUCAUUUCUACAAACUCUACAGCUGGUGAUCUGUUAUUACCCUCGAAAAAUUAUAAUACAGAUAAAUUAACUUUUGAAGAAAAAGAUGAAAGUGUAAAGAAUUUAAUUUUAAAAUUGUUUACUAUUAUAAAAUAUGAUGAUUUUGACCAAUUUAUAAAACUGCUCGACCACUAUCAACGGUUAAGUGAAUCUAGUCUACGGCAAGUUCAAAAAGCUACAAAUGAAUUCGGAUUAAGUGUAUUGGACAGUGCUCAUCUAACAUCCUCCUUACCAUUAAUCUCAUGUCUGUUAGUCUGUGGUUUCUUACCAGGUCCUGUACUCCAACCAAUUUUAAAUUCAACUUCAAAAUCUUAUUCACAUAAAAUAGACAGAAUGGGUAGAUAUUUAGAAAAUUUACUGGAAGAGAAAGAAAUUCAACUGACUAAGUAUAAGGCUGAGACAAAAAAUGCAAUUUUACGAGCAAAUCACCUGUCCAAAAUUGAAAUGCAUAAAGAUUUUAGCAGUUCAAUACAAUUAAAUCAACAAUAUGAACAAUAUAAUAUUAAUAAUAAUAAUAGUAAUAACACAAUAGCAUUCGCUGAAGUUGCUAUGCGAGAGAAAGAAUUACAGGCCAUGUUAGAUGAAUAUGAUUAUCUAUCUAAGCUUAUUGAUAAUUACAAUAAAUAUCCAAGAUAUACUAAACCUCCGAGCAAGGUGAAUAUCUUUCUUAAUUCUUCAAAUUCUAUAUUAAUUCGAAUAACUCCACCAAAAAAUGACAGAUUGACUGAAAGCAAUCUUCAGAAUUCAACUGGUAAAGCUACUAGUGAUGAUGAUGAUGAUGACAAUAAUGAUAAUAAUAACAAUAAUCAUUUCGAAGAUAACAGAAGUGAAAAUGAGAUCAACUUUGAUCAGAGUUCAUGUGAUUCAACUGAUUAUAAUAAUGAUAAUGAUGAUGAUCCUAUUAAUAUUAUUCAAGAUUCAAUAAAUGAAGGCAGAAAAAUUAAUGAUUUGAAUAAAAUUCAUUCAAAUAAUUUUAUUUUACGCUAUUCCAUUGAAUGGUCUACAUGUCCUAAAUUUUCUAAUUCUCAAGUGUACAGUUACUUAGUUCAACCGCCUAUUCGUAUUAAUAGACCACAAUCCCAAACAACAAUAAAAGUUAAUCAGUCCAGCUCUCUACGUGUCGGCUUUUAUUGUCUGAAUAAUCUACCUGAGAAUAAAAUGAUUUUUAUUCGUGUAUUUGCUUUUUCAAUCCGUGGAUGGUCUCAACCGUGUUAUGCUUAUCCUAAGGGAUUAGUAUUAUCCUCAUGGAUAACUAAUAAAGUUUGUGAUUUAUAUCGAACUACAAUACAACGUGAGAAUUCUUUAUCUUUAUCCUAUACAAAAUAUGUUGGAUGCACAUUGGAUGAAGAAAUUUAUACAGUUAAAAAUCAUUUAUGCCAACAACUUUCAUCAUGGGCACACAAUAAUUGUCCAGUUAAUUCAAAUGUCAACUGCAAUACUGGAAAUACAACAGCAUCAGCAGCAGUAUCACCAGCAACAACAACAGCAGCAGCAGCGACAGUACCAUCAUCAUCGCCAUUAUCAACUACUACUACAACAACAACAGGUGUUCCAGUCAAUAUUUCUGAUGAAACCACUACUAAUAAACGGACGAAAUCACCAAUGUUACAAAGAAAGCGUUCAUUUCGAUUUCCAUUCUCUAAUAAAGGCUUAAAAUUUAUUCGACAAACUAAAUCUGGUGUUUAUCUAGCUGUAUUAUAUCAUACGCCGACAAAUUCAUCAAAUAUAACUGCAUCAAAUGAAUCAGAGAAAUUUAAAUACAAGUCAAAAAUUGUCCUAGCUGAUGACUACAUUCCAAUGGUGAAUAUUUCACGAGACGAUCAAACAAAUGAGUCAAUAUUAAAUUCUGAUUUUAACUGGCUUUCACGAAUUGUCUGUGAUUCAUUCCAUGAUAUGGAUAUACAAUGUUUAUAUGAAGAUAUACCUAAUACUUCAUUGCCGACAAAUUUACAACUCCGCGUACGAUUAUUAGAAACAUUGCAAAGACUGAAAUUAUUAUUGGGUACAUCAAAUCUUGGCAGUAUAUAUCCAGAGAUUAUACGUGUACAAACAAUUGAUACGUGUUUAACAAAUUAUUUAAAACAAACUAAACAUGAAACAUCAGAUAUUUAUGAAAAUUUUUUAUCAACACCAAAAGCAUCUACGGAAACAAAUGAUUCAACCGCUACUACUUCUACUACAAGUUAUGAAAGUAGUAUAAAACCGACUGCAUCAUUUUUAUUUGUCCUAAUCAAACAGAUUAAUAAUCCAAAUGAUAUUAUGCUUACUGGUAAUCUAAGAUGGUGUUAUUUAGACAAAUUUUUACGACAGAAUAAAAUUAAACUCAAUAAAUUCUUUCAAACACAUUCUAACAUAUUAUUUUCAAAUUAUAGUAUUAAAACAAAUAUGACUAAGAAUAUUCUACUGCCCACCUUGUAUCCACAUCUUUUAACAACUCGUAAUAAUCAUGUAUAUAUAUCACCGGAAUGUCAACUGGUUGCUAAUUUAGAUAUCCUCUUAGGUUAUUCAGAAUUGCAUAAGCAUCUUUUAGAACCAGGCUUAUAUGUUGCUCAUGUACAAAUGAAAGCGCAUUUAGAUCAACAAGCCGCAAUCCUAGUCUCAAAUACACCGAAUGUAAUCCAUAUGCUACCAGCUGAAAAAAUCCGCUCGAGAUCACAUGUAAGUUAUAGUGAAUGGUACAGUCUCUGCAGAUUAGUCGAGAAAACAGAUGAAAAAACUGAAGAGAAUUUUUUCAACUUUAAAAAUUCAGAUAAACGAUUUAUUAUUCAGUUGAUUAAAGCAAUAUUUAAAUUAGCAAAUCGUCUGUGUUAUGAUAUCAAUGAUCUGAAAAUGUUUCGUAUAUUUUUACCAGAAAUUAUAAGAAUAUCCCCCGUACAUGCAUUUAUUUUAUUAUUUCCAUCAAUUGAUCAAGUUUGUUUACCGCCAACAUUGAAUUCCCCGCCACCGCCAACAUGUUCAUGGAUUCCAAUGACUUAUUUCGAGAGAAAUUUAGGCCUUAAUUAUGAUCCAUUAUUUCAUAAUAAAAUUCAACAUUUAAUAUCACUUCUGGAAUUAAUAAUUCCACUGUCACAAUUUGCACAAAGACAAUGUUUAACAGAAUCGAAUUUAUCACAAUUAUCUGAAAGAACUCAAUCACUACAAUCGAUACAAACAAAUCUAGAGAAUAUGUUUCAAACAAGACGAUGGUUAAGUGAAACAAUAUCAAUUGGACGUGAUCGUAAAAAGCUGUAUCAUUUUCAUAUAAAUCUAGAGCAAAUUUUAAAUGAAUAUCAUAGCAUUUUAAAAACUACUUUGAUUAAACUAAAUCUAGACUCUUUAACGGAUGAAGCAAUUGAAUUCACUAAUAAUAAAUUUUCAAGAAUUGCUGACCCCGGCACCACCUUGAUGAUUAGCGAUAAAACCAAGCUAAUCAGAUCAUCAUCUGUACACAGUGAUUUAGCAGAUGCACUACCAACUUCUGAACGUGUAGAUAUAAACAAUUUGCCGUCUUCACCAGCUGAACCAAAAUAUAAAGUAAGCAAUUCAGUGAUACAAGUCUAUGCAGAUUACCCGACAGGAUUAACAUCUGGUGUCUCUGUACGUCUGCUUAUAAAUAUGCGUACUACAGUUAAAGAGGUGAUAGAAAUUGUUGUCAAACAAUUGUUAGAAACUGCUGAAAGAAAAUAUAAUAAAGCAAGUGACAGUUCAGAACUAUCUUCAGGCUUAUCUUCUUUUGAAAUGCUACGAAAUAAUACAGAAAGUAAUUUAGAGAAUCAUUUGUACUGUUUAACUGUAUCUGUUGGUCAACUUGAACGUUGUCUACCGAAUACAGUUCGUCUAUUACUACUUAGAAGGCCAUGGAGAUUUGGUAAAUUAACAAUUCGUCUUGUUAACAACUUAUCGGAAAGUAUACCGCAGCAAAACUUACCGUCGCCAGGUCAGGAACACGUCAAUCCACCUACUAAAUUUACAAACUUCGCUUCAACUGACAAAAGUAUAUCUCCAUUAGUCAGAGUUACCUAUGUUCAGCCAAAUCUUGAACAAGCUAGUAUAACUUCACCUCCAGAGAUUUUACAUUGAAGAUCUUCUGUGUCUUUUUGUUGCUCAAUAAAAUUUUUAAAAUAUAUAUAAAUAUAUAUACAUAUUUAUAAAGAAUAAAUGCAAGAUCUGUUUAUAUUUGAAUACAAUUAUCUAAUUAUUUUAAUUCGAAGUAUUCAAACUGCGCUUGACAAUUCAAUGUUGUAUAUUUUUGGUGUAUUCCUGCAACUAUCGAAAUCCUCCUUCUCCACAACAACAACAACAACGACAACAAUCACAUAAGCAAUAGAUAGAAAAUUAGUAAAGGAUAAUUAAUUUAUUAAUCUAAAUGUGUUACACAAUCCUUUAGUCUUUCGUAAAUUGACUUUCUGUUCUACCUUAUUGUUUGUUCGUUUGUUUGCUGUUUGUUUCUUUUCGUUGUCGUUUUUUCUUUUUCUUUUUCUAAUUUCUUUUCCUUUGUAUAUUUUCAGAAUAUACUUACUACUUUAUUAUUACUGAAGCAAAAACAGGAAAUACUCCCCCCUUUCUUUUGUGUGUUUUUCGUUCUCUUCCAGGAAGGCAGUUGAUGAUAGUUUUACAUUUUACAGCUUGUAAAAUUACAUUGGCCUUUUUAACUGUGUAAUAAUCCUAAGGGAU